AUGGCCGAUACGCUUAGCCAUGGCAACGGCACAGCCAAGCCGAACAAGGAUGACGUUUACCGAAGGCCAUCCCCUACCACUCUCACGAAUCAGCCCUUGACCCAUUAUCACUCGUACUUUUUCGAUCUUCUCUCGUGGAAGAAUCCUCGUGCCUCCGCCAUUGUCUACGCCAGUAUCAUCUCCCUCAUCUUUGCCGCCAGGUAUCUCGACGUUAUACGAUACUUCUUCAAGCUCACCUGGGUCGCGCUUGGUACCACUGUCGCCCUCGAGGUCGCUGGAAAGGUCCUCCUUGGCCAGGGCAUUACCUCUCAGCUUCGUCCCAAGAAGUACCAUGUGGUUUCUCGCGAGACGCUCGAUGCUCUGAUAGGAGACGUGCACGAGCUCAUCAACUUUUUUGUGAUUGAAGCCCAGAGGAUUCUGUUUGCGGAGAACAUUGGUGUCUCGGCUGGCGCCUUCAUUGCUGCUUUCGUGUCGUACUACCUCGUCAAGGUCGUUCCCUACUGGGGUCUUGCCAUUAUUGGCACCACCGCCGUCUUCAUGAUCCCCCUCGUCUACACCUCCAACCAGGAGCUCAUCGAUGCCCAGCUUAAGCACGCCUCCGAGCUUGUCAACGCCCAGACUGCCCAGGUCCGAAGCGCCGCCAAGGAGCACACUGCCCACGUCGCCGAGCUUACCAAGCAGUACAUGGGUGACUACUCUGCCAAGGCUCAGGGCCUCAUCCGCGGCCGAUCUGCCUCCCCUGAGGUUCACCCCAUCCGCGCCGCUCCCUCGGCCCCCACCACCGUGCCUGUCCCCGCUCUCACCGACGCCGACUUCCCCGCUGCUCCUUCUAGCACCUUGGAGGAGAAGAAGGAUAAGGAGGAGGAGGAAGCCGACGGCCACCCCGCCGAUUCCGCCGAGCCCGCCAAGCCUGCUUCUUCUGACGAGCCUCUUGUCAGCCUCUAA